AUGGCCACUUCCGUGUUACAGCUUCCCUGCCAAGUGUAUUGCUCGAGGUUCAGCCCUAAUCGUGCCCAACAGUUAGUGGGAUUCGGGGGGAAGGACGGUGCGGUCUACGUGUAUCCUUUCGAGGAUUAUUCCCGUGCCGCACGCCUGGAAGGCGACGCUUCGCCCUUGACGGCCCUUGCAUUUGAUCCGCAGCAGCACCGUGUGGUGGGUGGAAGUGAUAGUGGUGGCGUUCGUCUUUGGGAUGUCACCACAGAACAGUCUGUUCGCUCGUUUGACGCAGGCCACAAGUCAACUGUUACGGGCGCAGAUUAUCACCGUUACACGGACUUCAUUGCCACCUGUUCGCGAGACAAGAGUCUUCGUAUUUGGGAUACAAGGAAAAAAACAUGUUUGCAGUCUUAUAAAGGGGCAUCAGCACCUCUAUGUGCCACCCAAUUUUCCCCAAAUGGCCGCUGGGCUGCCAGUGGUUGCGCCAAAGGUGUGAUACGAUUGUACGACUUGGUCUCUGGAAAGCAGUUAAAUGAGUUUAGGGCCCAUGAAGGGGCUAUCACAUCUAUACAUUUUCAUCCUGAGCAGUAUUAUAUGGCGGUAGGUAGUAGUGACGGUUCCGUCUCGUUGUGGGAAUUAGAGAAGUUUACGAAGGUCUUUCAGAGCAAUCCGCUCGACACACCCGUUGACGCCGUGCAUCUAUAUGGAAAGAAAUUGCUUUUGGCAGCCUAUCAUGUUUUGCGUGUUUAUGAUUUUACAAUGAUGAGUGACAAUACAGCCAUUGCCAUUGAGUCACCAUGGAAUAUUAUUGGCGACUUAACUUAUUCCUCUCUAUUAGAUGAGGCUUGGUUUGUUGAAUUCAGCAGUGGGGCGGCGACAAUGGGUCGACUUUCUCUUGGGUGUGGCAAAGAUGCCAUUUCCCAUCCUGUAACCUCUAUGGGUACACCGUCAUUGAAGUUCUCUUCUGUAUGGAAGGUGGAGAGAACACCGGGGUCUGCAGGGAAUACAAUACUGAAGCCCCAGCAGCAGCAGAACCAACAGGUGCGUGCUGAAACUGCGCCCACAAGGUCCCCCGAGUUCUUGCCCAACUCGCCAGUAGAAGAUUUACUUGGGUCAAGUGCGUCUAUGCUCUCUGUGCUUCGGCGACGGCUAACACACAUCCGAGUCAUUCGCUCACUCUGGGUGCGUGACUCUUUACAGGCCUUGGAGUAUCUAAAGCGACUCUGUGUAGAUAAAUCGGACUGCGGGGUUUUGACCGACUUUCUGAUGGCGAUGCAACAUAUGCGCAUGAAGGAACGCAUUAACAUUACUACCCUCCCCGAUUUACUCGAUUUGCUUGCGUGCGCCCUAAACAGUGGGCACGAGUCGUCGUUGCUCGCAGCAGUAAAGGUGUUUAGAAGCAUGACCAACAAGUUUCGUGUCAAGAUGGACGAGGCCCGUCGAUUUGCUACAUCCUUCCGCACCGUAGAUGCUGGAGUACCGGAACCAAUGAUGCAGCGAUACGACGAGUUAAACGCGAAGUUCAAGAGUGUUGCAAUUCUCGUAUACAACCUUCACGAAAGGAAAGGUCCUGUCGGCGAGGAAGUUCUUGAGGCUUUACAUGAACUCCCGAAUUUCUUACAAGUGGAGUAG